GUGCGUGUCAUGCUGGGGCUACAUUAGCGGGCUAAGGCGAAUAUUCGGGCUACGGCGAUGUGUGUGGCCGGGUUCAUCGUUACAACGCGGUGUAUUCGGGCGAAGACGAUGUAACAUCGGGUCGCUGUCGGUAAACUAGCACGCAUGAAAGGGACUUAUCGCGACAAUAUUCGCAUGUCUGGCUACACCUGCGUUACUUCAGGGUCGUCCAGACUUUGAAGCGAGACGGACGUGCGUGUGUUUUGCAGAGAUAACAUAUAUUUGGCCUAGGUGUUUUGUACACUGUACGAUGGAGUGGAAUAACGAAAAAGUGUUGGAGUUCAUUCAGUUUUAUGAAACAGAAAAUAUUAUAUGGAAUCCUAGUAACCCAGACCACAAAAAGAAGCAUUUGGUACAUGAUGCGUGGACGAGAAUUCAAAAUAGGCUCAGUUGGCCUACCACAAUAGAAGAAAUGAAGAGGAAAAAAGAUUCUUUGAUGUCGUACUACAGAGCUCAUCUCAAUAAAAUAAAGAAAUCAAUGAGGUCAGGCGCUGGCACCGACGACAUAUAUCAAACAAAUUGGUUCGCCUUUUCGUCUAUGAACAGUUUUCUUCAGCCAAUAUAUGAUUGUCGCCGGACUAUCGAUACACAGAAUGAAAGUGUACGGGAAGAGCAUGCAGAACGUGACGAUGAACAUGAAGGGAUUACAGUUAGUCGUAGUGAAGAAGACUCAACUCCAACUCCUCCGAUUAAUUCAAACAUAACAAAUAAGCGAGCGAAAAUUGAUUUUCCUUCAGAAAUAUUACAUGCAAAGAGACAAAUGCAAGAGGCAUUUGAGCACGUGAAAGGCAGUGUCAACGACGAAUAUGAAAUGUUUGGGAAACUGAUUGCUGCUAAAAUAAGAAAACUUAAAAACCCAAAUACCAGAGACAUUCUUAUGAAUGAUAUCCAUAGCAUGGUUAUAAACGCAGGCAUGAUAGAUCGGGUUCACCCAACUCAUCCAUAUCGCUCCCAAAUCCAUUCAUCGUUACAUCAGAAUCAAACCUACCGGUCCCCGACUCAUCCAUCACCAUCUUAGUUACCAAAGAACCACACAUAUCACUCUUCAAAUCAAUCAUCACCAUCUCCAUCACCACCGACCCAAACGUACCAGUCUCCGAUCCAUCCAUCGCCAUCGCAGAACCAAACCAUGCUAUCUCAGAAAACAUCACAAUUCGUUAUAUCGGAGACUGGUGAUAUAGUAUUCAUAUGAAAAUGUAGUAGUUUUGUAGUUUUUUUUAUGGAUGGUAUACGUUUUUUUUAAUAGGAAUGAGAAUAGAAAAAUGUUUAUUUUGUUAUUAAUAAUCGAAAAGAAAAACUCCAUAAAGGUACAUGUUGCUUAGACUAUAGGCACUUAGUGAAAUAAACUGAACUAUGAGUAAAAUAUUGUAUUUUUCUUACCAUAACUUCGUCUUGCAAAACGAUCAAAAUACUUGCACACACUUCAUGUACUAUUUUGGAAAUGAGUUGAUGAGAUAUUUUGAAAAGAUAAUGAAGGCUUCGAAAAUCAUCUCCUGUCGCCAGAUAACGUAGUGUUAUUGCCAAUCGCACUUUUGCAGGAAUUGCUUUUCUGAAUUUUGUAUCUUUUUUGGUGAUUAGUGGUGCGAGCUUUUGUAGUAGUAUUUCAAAGUCAGAUGUCGACAUACGUAAAAAUCCAGGGAAUUCUAUACCGGACUCUGCGG